AACAUUAACCCCUAUACACCCGUUUUCGGGCUCUUUUGGCUUCUCCGCAUCAAAUUUUUAGUGAGAGAAAGAAAGUAGAGAUACAGACGACUGUAGGGGCGACCUGGGAAACAAUGUGGAGAAGAAUUGCAGUGAAGCCUGAAACCCUAGCCUCCUUUUCUCUGAGGCUAUCCAAUUUUUGCCCUCGCAGGGCCUUUGCGUCUUCCUCUUCAUCCUGUCUUAACUCCUCUUCCCCUCCUUUCCAUAGCACUGCUCCUCUUUUCUCUCAACAAGUUGCUACAGAUGCUGAAAAUACUCUGUCAAAGGGUAAACAGAGAGUGGAAGAUGUUAUGCCAAUUGCAACUGGGCUUGAGCGAGAGGAGCUAGAAGCUGAACUUGAGGGGAGAAAACGAUUUGACUUGGAUCCUCCAACUGGUCCAUUUGGUACCAAGGAAGCACCAGCAAUCAUACAGUCCUACUACAACAAAAGGAUAGUCGGCUGCCCAGGAGGGGAAGGUGAGGAUGAGCAUGAUGUUGUGUGGUUUUGGCUCGAGAAAGACAAGCCACACGAGUGCCCUGUUUGUUUUCAGAAUUUUAAGCUGGAGGUGAUCGGCGAAGGUGGGUCACCUGAGGGUCAUGGUGACGAUGGUGAAGACCAUCAUCACUGAUGCUGUGAACCCUGCCUAGUGUUUUCGACCACAAUAAGAACUUGGUGAGAGAGAUGAUGACAAUUUCUGUUGAUUUUGUGUGGCAAUGUCGAAGCCUUUCCUUAUGUUGAGUUUCCUUACUAGGCUAUUGUUUUUUCUUUUUUGUGCUUGGCCCCAUAAUUAUUGUUUUUUGUGCAUGGGUGUGGCCAGUCACACAGAUUUGUGUCGACCUUUUUAACCCAUCAAUAAUUUCUGGCCUUUUUCUUUAGCUUUUUUAUUUCCUUUGUAUUAUUUCACCCUUGGUGAACCUCACAAUGAUUUCUUGGCAAGUAAUUUUGAAUUUUUUGUUUU